GUCUGCCCACCGAACCUGGAGGCGACCUUGUUUGCGACUUUGCUGUCACUUUCUAACUUUGGCGGCGCUGUCAGUGGAUUCCUGGGUGUGACGAUGUGCGAGGUGUGGGGUCUCGUCGGAGAUAACUUCGACAAUUUGCCGUACGCCAGCCUCACGAAAGCUUGCACGGCACUUCUUCCAAUACCUUUGAUCUUUGCCUUGGCGCCCACAUUCACACCGAACGAUCCAGUGCCCGAGGACCGAGGUGUGAUGAAGUAG